AUGCGGCUGAAUUUCAACAUUCUUUGGCAACGACUGCACCAUUUUAGAGGCAACCAGUUACUCGCUGUGAUCGAUAAUGGGAGGCCUUCUGAAAGUUGUCUGCGAGUUGCAUCUUAUUCAACUCAGAAAGCACUUAAUGAUUAUAAAGAUGAGAAUCAGGGGAUUGGAAAAAUGGUACUUGCCAAGAAUUUAGCCAAUUUAAUGGAGGAAUCUUCAAGUCAUUUCAUUCAGAAAGAAGCAAGUGACUGUAAUGAUGAUAAUGAGUUAGGUAAGAUGACAUUGGCUAAGAACUUGGCUUUUUUGGUUCAAGAAUCUCAUGACAUCAAGGAGAAAAAAUCCAAACAGAAAACCCGUGUGGAGCUCAAGAAGUUACUCGAGCUGCAUAUAAAGAAGAAGGUUAAAGAACAAUGUGUGAACGGGAAAUUCCAAAACCUCAUGUCAAAAGUGAUUGCAGAUCCAAAAACUCUUAUGGAUGCUUAUGAUAGUAUAAGGGUGAGCUCCAAUGUUGACUUGGCAUUGGAUGAUAAUAAAUUUCCUUAUGAGUCCAUUGCAGAAGAACUAGCGCAAGGAAAAUUUGAUAUUCAGGCCAAUACAUAUGCAAUCUCAACUAGGGGAUCAAAGGCAAAGAAAGAAGAACUUGUUUUUCCUAAGCUAAAGUUGAGGAUAGUUCAAGAAGCCAUUAGAAUAGCCUUGGAAGUUGUUUACAGGCCUCAUUUUUCUAAGAUUUCUCAUGGUUGUCGAAAUGGAAGGGGUCAUUGGUCUGCUUUGCGAUAUAUACGCAAGGAGAUAUCUGAUCCUGACUUUUGGUUCACAUUGGUCAUCAACAAGAAGCUAGAUAACUGUAUACUUACCAAACUAUUUUCUAUUAUGGAGGAUAAGAUAGAAGACCCUGGAUUAUAUGCUUUCAUCCGAAGUAUGUUUGAUGCCAAGGUUCUCAAUUGGGAGUUUGGGUGUUUUCCAAAAGGACAUGGUCUUCCACAAGAGGGGGUGCUUUCCCCGAUCUUGAUGAAUGUAUAUUUUGACCCCUUUGACCACGAAAUCUAUAGGUUGUCAAUGAGAUACGAAGCUUUUGAUUCUAAGCAUACUGAAGAGGAUAGAUCUCACUCAAAGUUGCGUCACUGGUUCAGGAGACAGGUGAAUGGAAGUAAUAUCCAACAGUCCAGUGUUAGGGUGAAACCAGGUGUGAGGAUACAUUGUUGUCGCUUCAUGGAUGAGAUCUUCUUUGCCAUUUCAGGUCCCAAAGAAGUUGCAAUUGCUUUCAAGUCUGACAUUGAAGCUUAUUUAAAGAAUUCUCUCCACUUGGAAGUUGAUAAUCAAACUGAUGUUUUAGAAUGCUUUGGUCCCCAUGGUGUUCAAUUCCUUGGUACAUUGUUUAAAAGGCGCCUGAAAGAGAUCCCUGCUGUAAGAGUUGUUCAUAAAUUGAAGGAAAAAAUCAAGUUAUUUGCUGAACAGAAGCAGGAAUCUUGGGACGCAGGGACGGUCAGAAUUGGGAAGAAAUGGCUUGCUCAUGGACUGAAGAAGGUCAAAGAAUCAGAAAUCAAGCAUUUAGCUGAUAAUAACUCUCUUUUGAGUGAAAUUGUCCAUUUUCGGAAAGCUGGAAUGGAAACUGAUCAUUGGUAUAAACAUCUACUGAAGAUAUGGAUGCAAGAUGUAAAUGCAAAAACUGCAGCAUCUGAAGAAGUUCUCUUAGCCAAGUAUAUCGCAGAACCAGCCCUUCCCCAGGAACUAAGAGAUUCUUAUUAUGAAUUCCAGCAACGUGCCAAAGAAUAUAUAUCUUCUGAGACAACUUCAACACUUGCCCUUUUAUCCAGCGCCAGCUCUCAAUUCACACCUGCCUCUGUUACGGAAAUCAUUGCACCGAUAAAUAAUAUAAAGAAGCGUCUCCAUAGAUAUGGAUUGACAAAUGGAGAAGGAUAUGCUCGUACAUGUCAUCUGCUCAUCUUACAAGAUGACAAUCUCAUUAUUGACUGGUUUUCAGGUAUAGUUCGCCGUUGGCUGAGGUGGUAUAGUGAGUGUGACAACUUUAGUGAAGUGAAGCUCAUUAUUUCCAAUCAAAUACGAAUGUCAUGCAUUCGGACGUUGGCGGCUAAGUAUAGAAUCCAUGAGAUGGAAAUAGAGAAAAAAUUUGAUUUAGAACUGAGCAGAAUCCCCUCAACACAAGAAAUAGAGCUUGAGGUAGAAAAUGAAAAAUCUGCUUCUCAAGAAUUCAUUAACGAUGAUGCCCUAUUUUAUGGAAUAUCUUAUAGUGGUUUAUGUUUAGUAUCAUUAACAAGAAUGGUGAGCCAAUCCCGGCCUUGCAAUUGUUUUGUCGUUGGAUGCUUGGCUGUGGCUCCUUGUGUUUAUACUCUUCAUGUGAUGGAAAGACAAAAGUUUCCUGGUUGGAAGACGGGAUUUUCCAGUUGCAUCCAUCCCAGCUUGCACAGAAGGAAAAUCGGAUUGUGUAAAAAGCAUUUGAAGGAUUUGUUUCUUGGUAACGUAUCACUUCAAUCUAUAGAGUUUGGUGCUUGGAGAUGA